GUCAAUUGGGGCGCAUUGCAUCUCCUCGCCUUGCUUGUUCUUGUCGCGCGGUGUAUCUAUCUGCUUCUGCUUGACACUUGAAUUCGUCGACGUGUCCGUACGCUCAGCUUGUCUCACCCUUGGGCUCCCGUGCAUUGCCGUUAUCUGUUAGACCCACUGGCUGCCAUUGCGCAGCCCUCCCAAUUUCAAUCUAAUACUCGAUGGUUGCCGCGACUCCUUAACAUACAUUUCUGGCUGCCUACCAUGGUCGACUUGGAGAAGACCACGCCCCACAAGAAGACGCGGGUCGUGUCUGUCGUUGCUGCCACGGCCAUUGCGCUGGCAUGUGGAACAAAUUAUGCAUACUCAGCGUGGGCACCGCAGUUUGCCGACAAGCUCCAGCUCUCGGCCACCCAGAGCAAUGUCAUCGGAACAGCAGCGAACAUGGGCAUGUAUGCGUCGGGCAUACCAAUUGGUCUCAUAACAGAUAAGGUGAAUCCUCGCCUCUCGGCUAUCAUUGGCAUGUUUGCGCUGCUAGUUGGAUACUACCCCAUCAAGAUGGCCUACGACGGUGGCCCUGGGUCUAUGAGCGUCGCCAUGAUAUCGUUCUAUUCGUUCGUUACUGGAGUGGGCAGCUGUGCUGCGUUCCAGGCUGCUUUGAAGACAGCGACAUUAAACUGGCCUACACACCGCGGGUCGGCGACGGCUUUCCCUUUGGCGGCCUUUGGGUUGAGCGCUUUCUUCUAUACCCUCAUUGCCGGCCUUGCGUUUCCUGGCAACACCUCCGGCCUGCUUACCAUGCUUUCGCUAGCGACUUCACUACUCGUCCUCAUCUCAAUCCCCUUUCUCAUCGUUGUUGACCACAAGAGUAGCACCAGCUACACAGUUCUGCCUACAAACGAGCGAGCCCGCCGCAACUCGAACAUCUUGCACCGAACCAAUUCCAACCGCAGCAAGUACAGCGCCACUGUACUGCCCCCACAAGAAGUCACAGACGAAGAUGACCCCAGCCGAUCGUCGACCGAAACAUCUUCGCUCAUUUCUGGGCCUGGAGACAUCGAUCCGGAGGAGGAUGCUGCAAGCAGACAUAGCAAGAAGUCAUCUCACUCACACUGCCUAGACAUUACUGGAUUUGCGCUGCUUUACAAGCCGGAAUUCUGGCAACUUUGGAUUCUUAUGGGCCUACUGACAGGUGUUGGUAUUAUGACAAUCAAUAACAUUGGCCACAACGUCCAGGCUCUGUGGAACCACUUCGACAAGUCCGCGAGUAAAGACUUCGUCGCACACCGCCAGUUAUGGCACGUUUCCAUCAUCUCACUCGGCUCCUUCUUCGGCCGCCUGUCAUCAGGCAUCGGUUCCGACUUCAUUGUCAAGCGCCUUGGCCACUCCCGCUUCUGGUGCGUUGUCAUCGCGGCCUUCAUCUUCGCAAUUGACCAAUUUUGCGCGACUCGUGUUGAAAAUCCGAACUACCUCUGGGCUGUCUCGGGCCUCUGCGGCCUUGCGUACGGGGUCACCUUCGGUGUCCUCCCGGCGGUCGUGGUGGACACUUUCGGUCCCGACGGCUUCUCGGUCAACUGGGGCUUUUUGACUUUGGCUCCUGUUGUCAGCGGUAAUGUCUACAACCUGUUCUACGGCGCUGUGUACGACUCGAAUUCCAUCGUGGAGCCGGACGGCAACCGAAACUGCGAGGAAGGACUGCAAUGCUAUCAACGGGCGUACUACGUUACGUUACUCUCUAGUGUGCUUGGCAUCGUCGUGUGUCUGUGGGGCAUUCACGGAGAGCAUGCCAGGAAAAGGGCGGCUUUGGAAGAGCACGAAAGACACCGCGACGCCUGAAGUAUAUCUUCACGAAACUUGAAGAAUAUGUAUGUCGGAUCUAGACUAGAUGAGGAUUGGGUUCCAGGUAUCGGAAUCUACAGUACUCACGAUAGGGUAGAAGUCUCUCAGGCCCGACAAGCCAUAU